CGCUUGCUCCUCUUCAUCUUUACACGGCUGCUCACUUCCUCUCUUUUCAGUCCUGCUCCUUCUCCUUCUUCGCGCCUCUUCCUUCUACUGCUGCUGUCUUCAGUUCUUGCUGAGCUUCAACCAUGAUUAUUUCAGAAAAAAACCGUAGGGAAAUCUCCAAAUAUCUCUUUCAAGAGGGGGUUUGCUAUGCCAAGAAGGACUACAAUUUGGCCAAGCACCCAGAAAUCGAUGUGCCUAAUUUGCAGGUUAUUAAGCUGAUGCAGAGCUUCAAGUCCAAGGAAUAUGUACGCGAGACAUUUGCUUGGAUGCAUUACUACUGGUACCUCACCAAUGAUGGUAUUGAGUUCCUCAGGACUUACCUCAAUCUUCCUUCCGAAAUUGUCCCUGCUACCUUGAAGAAACAAGCUAAGCCCGCUGGUAGGCUCUUUGGCGGACCACCCGGCGAUCGCCCACGGGGUCCACCUCGUUUUGAGGGUGGUGAGAGGAGGAUCGGUGACCGUGAUGGCUACCGUGGAGGUCCUCGUGGACCUGGCGGGGAGUUUGGUGGUGACAAGGGAGGAGCUCCUGCAGAUUACAGGCCUUCAUUUGGGGGUCCUGGUGGAAGGCCGGGUUUUGGCCGUGGAGCUGGUAGCUAUGGCGGAGGAGCUGCUGCAAGCUCAAACCUUCCUUGAAAAGUAUGGUCUUACAAGCCGUUCAAUGAAUUUUCAGUGAAAUGAGUUAGCAGCUUGAUUGGAGAGUUUGUUAGCUUUUUUUUUUUUUUUUCCUUUCAUUUAGCUUAUGGGAAUCAUAUAAAUUCAAUGAAUACUCUUGCCCGAGAUUUUAACGUUUUGAAGUUUGAUUGUAUUAGGAAGGAGGGAACAAACAUUUUAAGCAAAUUCUUACAAUUAUAAUCAAUUUACUUUUUCCAUCUGUGCCUUA